AUGUUGGCCCGCCGCAGAACCAUCGCUGCGGCGUUUCUGGCUGCUUUCUGCCUCCUGAGUGCAUAUUAUUUCUGGCAUAAGGAGCCUCCAAAUCUAGUGCGUCCACUACAAGAGAGGCGGUCUCGCUUAUGGCAACAUCUACAUCCCUUACUAGAAAGAUAUGUGCCCGAUUGCCCCAGACCGAUGCAGAACGGCAGCCCAGGCCUCCCACGAUUUGACGCAGUACACGAGACUCCUCGCCGAAACCUCCUUACCAACGUGGAUGAAAUCCUACAGCCCAUGCAGGCAGCCCACGAUGGCUUUGUUCAGGCCAUUCACAAUUUUGAUAUCGGUGAUGCCUUCGUUCCGGGAACAGCAGGCAUCGUGUCGUCAGCCGGAGGCACAUAUUUGCCUACUUUCGUGGUGUCUCUAUCGUUGCUGCGCCGGACUGGAUCCACGUUACCAGUGGAACUCUUCAUGAAGGAUCGGACAGAGUAUGAAGCACAUAUUUGUGAGGUGGUUUUACCCCAUCUGGGGGCAAAGUGCUUGGUACUUUCUGAGAUACUGGCAGAUAGGAACGAGACCGCGAGGAUCCAGCCAAUAGAGGGGUUCCAGAUCAAGUCUUUCGCCAUGCUUUUUUCUUCAUUUGAGAAGUUGCUAUGGCUGGAUGCCGACUGCGCCCCUCUCCAUGACCCGAUGGCACUACUCCAAUCUGAACCGUUCGCAUCUACCGGCCUGGUGACCUGGCCAGACUUCUGGGCCAAUACAGCUGCCCCAGUAUAUUUCAACAUUUCGCGUCAGCCCGAACCCCGUUCGACAACACGACAAGCUACUGAAGCCGGGAUAAUGCUUAUCUCCAAGUCAACUCAUACCCGUAGCUUACUCCUUGCUGCUUACUAUAACUACUACGGACCCAACUACUAUUACUCCCUUCUCGGGCAGGGUGCACCGGGCGCAGGUGACAAAGACACCUUCCUCCACGCUGCGACCGCCCUAAACCAGAGCUUUUACGCCGUCAGUGAGACUGUGGUUGAUCUCGGAAACCUGAAGCCCGGAAAUUCGCAGACCGCGAUCAACGCAGGAUACGUCCAAGCAGAUCCGAUCCAAGACUAUGAUCUGACAAGCCAAGGCAAAUGGCGAGUCCGGGAUCCAUCCGUGGCGAAGCCACCUCGUGUCUACUUUAUUCAUGCGGGUGCUCCAGAAUUCAACCCCGGGAAGGACCUUCUGGAUGCGAAGUUGCAGGGGUUUGAUGGAAAUCCUACCAGAUUGUGGACUUAUCCACCAGAGGCUAUGAGGCGGCUUGGGUUUGAUGUUGAGCGGAGAUUCUGGGAGGAGACCAUGUCGGUGGCGUGCACAAUGGAGUCCGUCUUUGAGACUUGGAAGUCGAAAAGUGGACUUUGCGACACUGUCCGCGCGCACUGGAAGGCCGUUUUUGAGAAUUCAGAUAUCGAGGUGCCAAAAUUUACUGAUGACUAG